GCGGCCGGUGGGUGCGCCAUGGUGCGGCCGUGAGCGGAGCAUGGGGCGGCGGCUGCUCCGGGCGCUCCUCUGCCUCCUCCUCGUGGCCGGCCGCGGGCUGCUGCGGGUCGGAGGCGCCACCGCCGCGCACGGCUGUCUGUUUGACCGGAGGUUGUGCUCCCCGCAGGAGGUGUGUGUGCAGGAUGGGCUGUUCGGGCAGUGUCAGGUGGGCUCGGUGCAGGACAGGCCCCACUUUCAGGUCACCUCCCCCGUGCUGCAGCGCCUACAGGAUGUCCUGCGGCACCUCAUGGCACAAGGGCUCUCGUGGCAGGAUGGCAUCACACAGUAUGUAAUCUCACAGGAGAUGGAGCGCAUCCCCCGCCUCCGCCCACCAUCCUCACUGGAGCCCUCACCCAGGGACAGGUCCCUGCCUGUGCGCAGCUCCCCCCGGCGCACCUCACUGCCCAUGGCCCCCAGCCUGCCUGCAACCCAGCAUUUGGGGCAGCCCCCACAGCUGCUGCCCUCAGGCCUGGCUCAGCGCUACCUGGAACACCUGCUGCUGCCCCCACCACCCCAACUGGGCUACGAGGAGGCUCUGCUGCAUCCCUACUCCUACCACAAGUUUGGCUACCAGGAUACCACACACCAGCUCCCAGGUGGCUCGGCCAGGCAGGGCCCUGAUGCUGCCUCACUGCUGGUCCGCGGCCUGUAUGGGGCUGGCCCCAUGCCCUCUUACAGCGGGCAGCCGGGGGCAGAAGGUGGGCACCUCUUCCAGGAUCUGGGCCUGCUUGCACUGCCCAGGGAGAAAGCUGCUCGCAUGGACCUGGCCACCAGACCCCUGCAUAGUGUGCGGCUCCCAGGUGACUACAGGGAUGUGGGGCAGCAGGAUCAGGCAUCAGCUGUGGCUGCCCGGCCAUCCCCUGCACAGACAGAUGCCUCCCUGAAGAGACUGGCCUCCCUGCUGGCUAGCUACGGGCUGGGGCUGCCUGAGCUCAGUCCCCAGCAGCUCAGCAGUCUCUCUGCCCUUCUGCAGCUGCUGCAGAGCUCCAGUGCUGCCAGCCCUGAAGCACCCACAGCAAAGCAGCUCAGUGCUCAGCAGGGAGCUGCUGGGCCACAGGUGUCAGAGGGGGACAUGCAGCAUGGAGAGGAGCCAGUGCCACCCUCCUCCACGGUGCCAUCUCCCAGGGUCACAGCCAGCAGUGCCCCAGCACAGGGGCUGGGGGGCCGGGCAGCCACCUCACCAGCCCCCCAGGCCCAGCCACAGAUGGGGCAUGGAGGGGACAAGACGAUGGCGGUGGAGAAGAAGAGCUACACAGAGGUGAAGGACGGUGGUGGGACGCAGCGGGGCACACGGCCACCCGAUGAGUAUGGCUACAUCAUCACGGACCAGAAGCCGCUGGGGCUGGCUGCUGGCGUGCGGCUGCUGGAGCUCCUGGCCAAGCGUGUGCACCUCUCCACCACCAGCUUCAUCAACAUCAGUGUCGUGGGGCCCGCGCUCACCUUCCGUGUGCGGCACAACGCCCAGAACCUCUCGCUGGCAGAUGUGGCCAGCCGGGCUGAGCAAAUGAAGGCAGAGCUGGAGGCUGAGCUGGGCCUGAAGAUUGUGCAGACGGGAGUGGGAGAGCGGAACGAGGCGGCUGUGUACCCACGCCCCUCUCACUUUGGGGACGGCUUCCACUCGGUGCUGCUCACCUUCAUCGCUCUGGCCUGCGUGGCUGGUGUCUCCAUUGCAGCCGCUGCAGCCUUCUGCCUCCGGCAGCACGCCAAGCAGAGGGAGAAGGAGCGCCUGGCCGCCCUGGGGCCCGAGGGGGCCGCCGACACCACCUUGGAGUACCAGGAGCUGUGCCGCCAGCACAUGGCCACCAAGUCGCUCUUUGGCCGUGCCGAGGCCCCUGCAGCACCAGCAGAUACGUCGCGAGUGAGCAGCGUCUCGUCACAGUUCAGCGAUGCCCCACAGCCCAGUCCCAGCUCACACAGCAGCACGCCGUCCUGGUGCGAGGAGCCUGUCCAGUCCAACAUGGACAUCUCCACUGGGCACAUGAUCUUGGCGUACAUGGAGGACCACCUCCGCAACAGGGAUCGGCUGGCCAAGGAGUGGCAGGCGCUCUGUGCCUACCAGGCUGAGCCCAGCAUCUGCUCUGUUGCCCAAAGCGAAGCCAAUCUGAAGAAGAAUCGCAACCCAGACUACGUGCCCUAUGACCAUGUGAGGAUCAAACUGAAAGCUGAGAGCAACCCGUCCCGCAGCGACUUCAUCAAUGCAAGCCCGAUUAUCGAGCACGACCCGCGGAUGCCGGCUUACAUCGCCACGCAGGGGCCAUUGUCCCACACCAUCGCUGACUUCUGGCAGAUGGUGUGGGAGCACGGCUGCACCGUCAUCGUCAUGUUGAGCCCGCUGGCUGAGGACAGCGUCAAGCAGUGCGACCGCUACUGGCCGGACGAAGGCUCCUCGCUGUACCACAUCUACGAGGUGAACCUGGUGUCGGAGCACAUCUGGUGCGAGGACUUCCUGGUGCGCAGCUUCUACCUGAAGAACGUGCAGUCUCAGGAGACCCGCACCCUGACGCAGUUCCACUUCCUCAGCUGGCCGGCCGAGGGCAUCCCCGCCACCACCCGGCCCCUCCUCGACUUCCGCAGGAAGGUGAACAAGUGCUACCGGGGCCGCUCCUGCCCUAUCAUUGUGCACUGCAGUGACGGCGCAGGCAGGACCGGGACCUACAUCCUCGUCGACAUGGUCCUGAACCGCAUGGCCAAAGGUGUGAAGGAGAUUGACAUCGCUGCGACGCUGGAGCACAUCCGCGACCAGCGGCCCGGCAUGGUGCAGACCAAGGACCAGUUUGAGUUCGCUCUGACCGCCGUGGCUGAGGAGGUGAACGCCAUCCUGAAGGCUCUGCCGCAGUGAUGGCGAGGAUCCCCCGCCCUUCCCUCUCGUUUCCCUGCCGUCCCCCCGCCCUCUGGCUUCGAGCGCGCUCCUGGCCCUGUAAAUGCUGUCUGUGCUGCUGGCUCUGUUUUUUUCCCACCCUUCUCCUUGGGCUGCAGGGCUCAGCCCUUUGCGUGCCCCGUGGCGUGCAGCCCCUUUGCUCCCGCUACUGCAGUGGAGCGCGGGCUCUUGUCCCCUGCGGCGGAGGGGGAGGGCAGUGAUGCUGGGAGAGUGGCCGUGGGGAUCCCCCGGCCGCUCUCCCACCCCUGUCCCUGUGCCCAAGCGGGGACAGGAGUGGGCGGGAUCCUGGCCCUGCCCUGUCUCCUCUGUGUCACCCCCCCACCUUGUCACUCAAGCAGAAGAGAAAUUUCUAGAGAAAUAUAAUUUUGUAUCUUGAUGUGAAUAAAGUUCUCGUGUCAUGUUUGUGCAGCUGCAGCUGGGCCUGGCCUCUCUCUGUGUCCACGGGAAGGGGGACGUGGUGGUGGCAGCAUCCCGUGGAGCCU